GAAAUAUUUCACGUAAAAACAAGUCGCGAGCUUAGUUCAAGAAAAUUCGUUAGCAACAGCAAAAAGUAAAAAACACAAACAGACAAUUUUUUGUUGAGAAUGGCCGAUAACAAUAACAAUAGUAGUCUCGUUGAGUCAAUCUUGAAUGCACCUGUCGCUAAAACACUUGACUUUCAAAGUGCUAAUUUGCAAGCUAGCAAGAUAGUUGAAUCUAGCCAAAUUUCCCAAUCGUCAAGCAGCUCAAUUAAAAUUUCUUCUUCUUCCUCAACAAAAAUUUCGUCGUCGUCUUCGGUAAAAAAAUCCGUAUCGGAAUCCACUUCAACCAUGUCGUCGUCAUCCGUACAGGUAAAAGAGGGAAGUCGGGCUGAAAGUGUGGGCAUUAAAUUAGGUGAUUCUAUUAUUAGGAUUAACGGCAUACCGACUGCGGGCAUGUCACUCAACGAGGCACAACGGGCACUUGAAUAUGCGGGAGAUGAUUUGCGAUUGACCCUUUCCAACUUUGAUGACGAUGACAACGAUUCCCCGCCAAAAGAGAUGCGCGAAGUAAUUCUUGCAGGUAAAAUUAAAUUGCCGACACCGCCUCCUCCAGAGACACCCAUUGUAAUUGAAAAACCUGUUUUAAAGCGUGUCGUAAAUCCCGAGAAACAAAAGCAAUGUUGGCAUCCCGUUAUGUGGCAUUCGCCUCCGUUACCGAAUCAAGUCGAAGAUUUCGGUAAUGACAAGCCACACGGGCGCAUUGUGCGGAAUGUCAGACGUUUCUUGACGGAAUGCAAAGACCCGGAAGAGCGCCAACGUAUAAUUGAACGAAUGUUUCUCGCUUUGCCGGCAGCCAGCAAACAAAAGGAAGAUGAUCCGGAGGAAGAGGAGUUGGAACGUCAAAAAUUGGCGGAAUUACGUCGUUUGUCUCUUGCGAUGCGUGGAGAAAUUCAAGAAGAUUAAAAAAAAGUCGUCUUUCUAACAAAUUUCAUUACUAACAAAAAAAUUUUUCCCAAAAAGAAAUUUUUAUUCUGAAAAUUAUUUCCUGACCAAUUUUUAUUAAAUGUUAACUUUUGUAUAUUUAUUUGCCCCGAAAAUCCAAUAAAGUGCCCACAAAGUAUUGAAAUGCCUCAAAUAGGAAAAUCAAAA